AAUCGAAAAAACUAUGUUGACAGCUGCCGAAAGGGUCGUUGCAAGGUUAUUCAUUCGACCAACUUCUUGCAAAUAUUUUGCUUUGCAGUUUACUCGUUCUCUCAGCAGUUGCGAUAAGAAUAAAAAACAUAACAAAAUGUCACGUCAAUUCUGCGUUGGUGGUAACUGGAAGAUGAAUGGCGAUCAAAAAUCCAUCGCCGAAUUGUGUAAAAUUCUUUCAGCAGGCCCAUUAGAUCCCAACACACAAGUGUAUGUUGGUGUACCAGCACCAUAUCUCAUUUACGUACGUAGUCUAUUACCUGAGACCAUCAAUGUGGCCGCCCAGAAUUGUUACAAAGUAGAAAAGGGUGCGUUCACAGGUGAAAUUUCACCCGCUAUCAUCAAGGAUACCGGUGCCGGUUGGGUUAUUCUAGGACAUUCAGAGCGUCGUCAAAUCUUCAAGGAGAGCGAUGAACUCAUUGCCGAGAAGGUUGAACAUGCGUUGGCAGCUGGUUUGAAAGUAGUCGCAUGCAUUGGCGAAACCCUGGACGAACGUGAAGCCAAUAAGACACAAGAGGUUGUCGCUAGACAAAUGUGUGCGAUAGCACAGAAGGUGAAGGACUGGACUAAUGUUGUUGUAGCCUAUGAGCCAGUGUGGGCCAUUGGCACAGGCAAAACAGCCACUCCGGAACAGGCACAAGAAGUGCACGCCUACCUUCGUCAAUGGUUGACUGAGAACAUUUCAAAGGAAGUAGCUGCCACAUUACGCAUCCAAUACGGUGGCUCCGUGACUGGUGCCAAUGCCAAGGACUUGGCUAAAAAGCCCGACAUCGAUGGUUUCUUGGUGGGUGGCGCUUCUCUGAAGCCCGAAUUCGUGCAAAUUGUCAAUGCCCGGCAGUAAUUGUCUCAUAAAAAAGCUGUUGAAGUACACGACUGCCUGCUAACUCAAGACAUUUUAGGCAUGUAAUUCACAUCUUAAGUACUGUUAAUGGACCGUGUUGUUAUGGAAGGCAAAUAACUUUUUAUAUAAUUUUGCUAAGCUUAACGCAAUUUGCAUGGCUAAGCUAAGUGAAUGCAGAAUUGCUGUUAGGAGUAAACAUAAUUAGAAAAGUUUUCACUUUAUCAUGUCAGAAAAGAAAAAUAUAAAAAUUAUGCAAAUUUAAUCAUGUAUACCUAGCAUACCAUUGUAUUAUGAAGAACAAAUCAUCCUUCUGUGUAUAUUUAUUAUACUCGAAGAAAAUGCUGGAAUUUAAUUUUAGAUUAUUAAAUAAAUGUUGUUAAGAGUUUUAAAUUUAAAAA